AUGGGAAGUUCAGAAGAAAGAGUUGUUGCUGUGAUCAUGGUGGGUGGACCCACAAAAGGUACUAGAUUUAGGCCAUUGUCAUUGAAUAUUCCAAAGCCACUUUUUCCACUAGCAGGACAGCCCAUGGUUCAUCAUCCAAUCUCUGCUUGUAAAAGGAUCCCAAAUCUAGUACAGAUAUACCUUGUUGGUUUCUAUGAGGAGCGUGAAUUUGCACUAUACGUGUCUUCAAUUUCCAACGAGCUUAGAGUUCCUGUCAGAUACUUGAGAGAGGACAAGCCACACGGAUCAGCUGGUGGACUGUAUAGCUUCAGGGAUUUGAUCAUGGAGGACAAUCCGUCACACAUUGUUUUGCUGAAUUGUGAUGUUUGUUGCAGUUUUCCACUGCCUGAGAUGUUAGAGGCUCACAGAAGAUAUGGAGGUAUGGGAACAAUUUUGGUUAUCAAGGUAUCCCCCGAGUCAGCAAACCAGUUCGGGGAACUAGUAGCUGACUCCGUUACUAAUGAACUUCUACACUACACGGAGAAGCCUGAAACUUUUGUGAGCGACCGUAUAAAUUGUGGCGUAUACAUAUUUACUCCAGAUAUCUUUACUGCCAUUCAAGGUGUAUCCACACAAAGAAAAGACAGAGCCACCCUAAGGCGUUUGUCUAGUUUUGAAGCUCUUCAGCCACCAAACAAGAGUCCUCCAUCAGAUUUCGUACGACUGGAUCAAGAUAUUCUAUCCCCACUUGCAGGGAAGAAGCAGUUAUAUGUAUAUGAAACCAUAGAUUUCUGGGAACAAUUAAAAACUCCCGGAAUGUCUUUGAAAUGUUCAGCCUUGUAUCUUGCUCAGUUUCGAUUCACCUCACCCGACCUCUUGGCAAGUGGUGAUGGUACAAAGAGCGCCACCAUUUCUGGCGAUGUAUAUAUUCAUCCAUCUGCAAAGGUUCAUCCAACUGCGAAGAUUGGUCCCAACGUUUCAAUUUCUGCCAAUGCUCGUAUAGGAGCUGGUGUGAGGCUCGUCAGUUGUAUCAUUCUUGAUGAUGUUGAAAUUAAGGAAAAUGCAGUUGUAAUUCACGCAAUUGUCGGAUGGAAGUCUUCUGUAGGAAGAUGGUCUCGAGUCCAGGCUGCAGGAGAUUAUAAUGCAAAGCUUGGGGUUACAAUUCUAGGUGAAUCUGUGACGGUUGAAGAUGAAGUUGUCGUGAUCAACAGCAUUGUCCUUCCAAACAAGACUCUUAAUUACAAUAUUGUCAUAUAUUGUUGCAUAGCUAACGUCUUCAUGGAUCGUGUUGGAUCUGCCAAGUUGGUUCUUUGUAUAGACAGGUUCGGUCACUCUGGUGCUAUGUAUGUUUUCUUCUCAGGCUGGGCGAGUCUUUGCCUGGUCGUGAGGCUGGGUCAUAAUCAUGGCUAUUAUCAUAUUGUGAGAUGGAACUGGAAAAUAUUGCAAGGAAACUGUGAUAUUACAGUAUGCAAAGAAACUGGAAACAACGGCAUCCUACUAGAAGGAGGAUGGGGAAUGUCGACUUCAUCGAAGGGAACACGGAACAGCCCUGUGACAAUUGCCUUGGUUCAUUGUUAUGAAACUGAGCAACUUCAUAUGCUCGAGGAGGCGAUCAAGCGUUACAAAACGGCAGCAAAUUGUAAUGACAGGGAAGCAAAUCUCUACAUAAUCUGGCAAAACACAUCAAGAUUCAAGGACGGAUCUUUUCUCUCACUAGUAUCCCUCUUUAUCGUAAUGGAAGAGAAGGAAACCCCGUUAGAAUUCUUCUUAGACGCGAAGAAUUCUGAUCAUUUUCGAACAUAA